AUGGCGGAUGCGGCUGUAGUGGCUAGUGAUGCGGCGGCCGAAAGGCCUCUGGGGCCGACGAAAGUAACCCUGCAGUUCGUGGCAGUGGGCAGUGCGCCGCUCAUGAAGCGCACCAAGUUCACUGUCAUCGGGCACGACCAGCUCAGUGUCGUCUAUAAGUUUCUAAGAAAGCAGCUUCGCCUUAAAGACAGCGAGUCAUUGUUUGUGUAUUGCAACAGCUCGUUCGCGCCUUCUCCGGAUCAGAGACUGAGCUCAUUGUUCGAGAGUUUUCAAGUGGGCGACGUCCUGGUGCUCAACUACAGUCUCACGCAAGCGUGGGGGUAG